AUGCUCUUGAGCCUGGCUGUCUUUCUCUACGUCCUGAGGAAAACUAGAGGGAGGAGGGGAGGAGGGUGUUACAGAGCGGGGGAGGUAACCGCGGGGGGAGCAGAGAUCGAGCGUAGAUCAACCGAAGGCCCGGACCUCGACAAGACGCCGGAUUUACAAGCGGCUACAAAACACGAGAGCAGAGGGAGAAGAGAACAAGCUUGCAUCAGAGGCAAGCUAACCAUGGAAACACAGCUCGAUCUGAGGCAUCUGAACUCGAAGCUGCUGGACUCCAAACUGCAGCUGCACGAAUGA